UGAAUAUGCGUGACGCUGGAAGUGCGGCGCUCCGACCCUUUACUGCGGUUCCUUCAAAGGCACCAGGCCACAUAUGGGCACUAUACGCAGCAUGCUGUGCAGCAGGAGAUUCAGUUGUACGUCAAAAUGAUUCAUUUCGUCUAGGUGGAUUGGUUGCAAACAGUGCGUGCUUACUGCGUUGCGGGCGUUAACGGCGUAAAGGCAACUGCAUGCAACCGUUGACUAUUCAACCGUUGAAAGCUCGGGGCUGAACUGCCCUUAGAGAAGUGAGAAGGAACAAGCAUGCUUCGUAACAUCUACUCCAAUGUGUACGUGGUGCGGCUCGGUCGAGAGGGAAGCCUCGACUGCCAAAGUGCCUCAAGUCCUCCACAAACGCCGGACAACGUCAAGACCAAAGCGCCCUAUCGGUGGAAGAGCCGUGACUCUCGCGUGAAAUACAGGUGGCGAAAAUCAACGAAGCUCUACGUCAGCCGAGCGCUGUCCUCCUGGGGAGACAACAUGUGGUCUUUCGCUGUGGGACUCUUCUACGUGAAGCUGUACCCGGACUCCUUACGCCUGGCAGCGAUCUACGGUUUCACUGCAUGCAUCGCCAUUAUUCUUCUUGGUGCUCCCAUCGGCCGUUGGGUCGACAAGACACCCAGGCUACGAGCGGCCAAGUACAGUCUGGCCUUUCAGAACUGUACAGUGGUCCUCUGUGCUGUCUUCAUCUGCGUAGUUCUCAUGAUAGACGAUCGACAGCGGAGCGCUCAGAGCAAGUGGUUGGAGGCGGUGACCCAGGUCCUUGUGGUUACAAUGGCCGUUCUAAGUCGUCUAGGGAGCCUAGCUAACAUCAUUUGCGUGGAGAAGGACUGGCUGGCUGUUCUGGCUGGCGGAGACACCAGGAAGCUAUCAGUGCUCAACGCAAUGGUGCGCCGCAUCGACAUGGUUUCCAAGUUACUUGCCCCUCUACUGGUGGGACAGGUCAUGUCUCUCUCUCCAAUCAUGGGUGCAAUCUUCUUGGCUUGCUGGAACAUCAUCUCUGUCUACAUCGAAUACAAGCUCCUGCACGAUCUCUACAUUGCUGUGCCGGUGCUGGCACUAAAGUUUAGGCAGAGGAAUAAAGCAAUAUCAACAGCAGUCCCCGCGACUACGACAGCUAGGGUCAGAGCGAAGGCUUCGGACUACCUUGGUGGGUGGUUGGUGUACCUGAAGCACGAAGUACUGCUGGCUGGUCUCAGCCUUGCCUUCACCUACAUGACAGUCCUCAUGUUCGACAGCAUCACCGUUGGAUACAUCUGCAGUCAAGGAGUUUCCGAGUCAACGGUCGGCAUUAUGAGUGCGGUGACGGGCUGCGUGGGUAUCUUGGGCACAGUAGCCUAUCCAUACAUGAGCAGCAGGGUUGGACUCGAGAAAACCGGCCUGUAUGGCUUCUGCCUCCUUCUGGCCUGUAUCACGCUGUGCGUAGGGUCCGUGUGGGCUCCUGGAAGUCCAUUCGACGUCACGAGACUACACAAAGGACGCGGUGGCGACGUUGGUGUUAGUGGCGACGGGAUCUCUCAAGUUCAGCAGCACGUUAGUAAUAUCACGAAAAGAGCAGUAGGAAGGGAUGUGCUUGACUUGCGCUCUGUGAUGAGCACGCUCGAGCGGAAGUACACUUCUGUCAUACUGCUGUUGGCUGGGAUGUGCUUAGCAAGGUUUGGCCUGUGGAUCGUUGACCUUACUGUCAAUCACUUCCUGCAAGAACUGGUGUCGGACGACGAACGUGGUUCUGUGAACGGCGUGCAGUACAGUAUCAACGUGUUCAUGGACCUCCUCAAAUUCGUCCUCGUCAUCCUCGUGCCGUGGGUUGAGACGUUCGGUAUACUCAUCAUCAUCUCCUUCAUGUUCAUCACAGCUGGAAGUGUGCUGUAUGUAGCCUUUAGUAAGCGAAGAAAACAUAAGAUACACCUCCUCCCAGCGCCAUCAGUGUAUGAACCAAGUACACCCGUCUCAAGGCUACCGGAGCUACCGACCACCGCACGUACCACACCCGACCCUCUGGAAGUGAGUCCUAAGAAUAAUGGUUCCAGUGCUCCAGAGGUACCUGUGCGAGUGGAAGAGACAGUUGAUAGGAUAUCGCUCGUGGACAAAGGAGUCAGUACGGAUCCAUACGGGCUUUUAUGUGAUUUUUCAGCAAUAGAUGACUCGGAGAACUCAGAACUUGAUCAGUGAACCGGGUGCUUAUAUCCAACAACUUACAAAGAGCCGAGGACCACAGCUCCAUGGGGGUCAAGGAAUACCACAAAUUCUCCAACGUACAUGAACUUAUUGGAUGCGAAGAAAUCAAUGGGCACCGGCGCCAAGGACAACGUAGCCCAUGUGAAUGUUGUAUGUUGUAGUGUAUAUGCACCUGACCAGGAGGUGUACCGUUCUAUCCCUGAGUGUCGUCCGUUGGAUUUUUCGUGAAGGCAAAUUCAUCAAUAUAAACACU